GUUAGCAGUAUGGAGAGAGGACUCCGUAGUAACUAUUUGACUAGUAAUUUGUUAAUUAAUAGUGUGUAGCCUGGAACAGUCACUGCCUGUCUGUUCCCUCACUGUCAACAAUCAUCUCCCCUCUUCUCUCUCCAUCUUCCCCAGUAAUUCUCUCCAACUUAUUACCACACCACAUACUUCUCCCGCAUCUACACAUCUAUACACAACACACACACACACAAACAAAGACAAAAAAAAAAGAGUAAACAAUGUCUCUCCGUACCCUCCCCGGGGUCCUCCUCCGCCGCAGCUACGGCACCGUGCAAUCCACUUCCCCCAGUGCCGCCGCCAUCGCCAGCCGUAUCCCACCUGCUCUGCGUGAAGCCACUGCCGCCACGGCACCACGCACCAACUGGACCCGCGAAGAGAUUCAACAGAUUUACGAGACGCCCUUGAACCAACUUACCUAUGCCGCUGCAGCAGUCCACCGCCGCUUCCACGACCCCAGCGCCAUCCAAAUGUGCACACUAAUGAACAUCAAAACGGGCGGCUGCAGCGAAGACUGCUCCUACUGCGCACAAUCCUCCCGCUACCAAACGGGUCUAAAAGCCACCAAGAUGUCCCCAGUCGACGAAGUCCUCGAAGCCGCCCGGAUUGCCAAAUCCAACGGCAGCACACGGUUCUGCAUGGGCGCCGCCUGGCGCGACAUGCGCGGCCGCAAGACUAGCCUCAAGAACAUCACAUCCAUGGUCUCUGGAGUUCGGGGCAUGGGGAUGGAAGUCUGCGUUACACUCGGAAUGAUCGACGAAGCACAAGCCAAGGAACUUAAAGACGCGGGACUCACGGCGUACAACCAUAACCUGGAUACAUCAAGGGAGUUUUAUCCGGAGAUUAUCACGACGAGGUCGUACGAUGAGAGACUGAAGACGUUGGAAAAUGUGCGGGAUGCCGGCAUUAAUGUCUGCUCCGGUGGAAUUUUGGGUCUGGGUGAGAAGGAUGAGGAUCGCGUGGGGCUGAUUUAUACGAUGUCGGGGUUGGAGAAGCAUCCGGAGAGUUUCCCGGUUAAUGCUCUUGUGCCGAUUCCCGGAACGCCGCUUGGCGAGAGGAAGAUGAUUUCGUUUGAUAAGAUUCUUAGGACGGUCGCUACCGCGAGAGUGGUCAUGCCGGCUACCAUUGUGAGACUUGCUGCGGGUAGAAUUUCGUUGAGUGAGGAGCAGCAGGUUGCUUGUUUUAUGGCGGGAGCUAAUGCCGUUUUUACGGGCGAGAAGAUGCUUACGACCGAGUGUAAUGGAUGGGAUGAGGAUAGGGCCAUGUUUGAGAAGUGGGGUUUCUAUCCCAUGAAGAGCUUUGAGGGGGAGCAUGUUAAGGAUGAGGUCAAGGUCAAGGAGGUCGAGGGGACUGCGCAGGCCGCGGUUAGUGCGUAAAUAGUUAGAUGAAUUAAGAUGAUUAUAUUGGUUCAAGAGUUUGUAUUUGAAUAGCACCAUG